GAGGUGCUGGUGUGGCUUAAUGCCGUUGAUCCUGAGGCCAAUUAUUUGUCUGCACUUGAUGUUCGUGCACCUGGUACGGGUAAUUGGCUGCUCAGGGGGCGUGAGUACGUCGAUUGGAAGGAAGGAAGAGAGGGGGUUCUCUGGCUUUAUGGAAUGCGUAAGUGCACAGUGGAGAAAAAUCUUUUGUUCCGAGGAAUAUAUUUACCAUUUGUGUUAUGUAGCCGGAUGCGGCAAGAGUGUUCUAAGGUGCGAACUCCGCGGGAUAUCAAGAGGCGCUAUAUAACUGCUUUAUUGCUAACUAGCUCUUUAGCGCUACUGUCAUUAAAGAUAUCGAACAACUGUGCGAAGUGAGCGGCGAUCAUGCAUUCGCCUAUUUUUACUUUACCUUCAGCGACCCGAAGAAGCAGAACUUGCUCAAUAUGCUUCUAUCCCUCAUUGGCCAACUAGCAAAGGGGCUUUCGGACUGUGAUUUUCCCAACGAGGUCAAAAACCUGUAUCGCAACUCCGAAGCAAUUGGAAAGUCACCAGGUAUCGAAGAUCUCAAGAGUGCAUUUUCUCAGAUCAUAAAGUCUUACAAAAAGACGUUUCUGAUCUUAGAUGCCUUGGAUGAAUUCCCCGAGCCUAGCCGGAGGAGUCUACUGUCUUGGUUGAGCAAACUAGCUACCGAUAACAAGGUCGAGUCACUUUCCAUUCUGGUUACUAGCCGUCCCAAGGCCGAUAUUGUAAGAUCCCUGAAACCUCUUAAGCCUUCUUCAAUAUCUCUAGAAUCCAAAACAAUCGAUCCAGAUAUCCGAUCAUAUAUACAUAAUUCACUGGAUGGCAAGGAUAAGUUCCAGGGAUUUACUCAAACAACAAAGAGUGAGAUAGUGGAAGCACUCGUUGUUUGUUCACUGGGAAU